UAGUAUUAUGUGCAUUUAAAGAUAACUGCUUUAAUAUAUCUUCGUUUGUAUAUAUUUGUUUUUGGAUUGGAAUUUGUAAGAAAUAUGUGAUUUAUGAUACCAAUUGCACUUAUCAAUGUCUGUUACAGAUAAAAAAAUAUCGAUAUUUGGAAACAGUGAGAAUAUAGGUAAUGAAUGAGAUAUUAUAGUUAAUCAAGGGUUAUUUUAAAAUUAUUAAACUCAAGAUUAGUAAAUAUACAAGAUAUUUCUUCUAUCUAAUCUGACAACACAAAACUAGGUUUAUCGGGCAUAUAAAUACACAUAACUUACAUCGUAAAUAUGUCAUUAUAUAUUUGGAGUAAUACUAAUAACGACGCAGACAACAACUAAAUAUGAAGCUAACGUUAUUAUCUUUAAUUUCUUUCUUAUCUUUUUGUCAUGGUGCAUUAGAUCCCAGAAUUGUGAGAGGAGUAAAUGCUAAACCAAGUGAAAUCCCGUAUCAGGUUUCUCUCCAAUACUUUAUCACAGGAAGGCUUUUCUGCGGUGGAAUUAUACUCAACCAACAGUAUGUGUUGACCGCCGCUCAUUGCAUGAAUCAUGAGAACAUCGAGCUUGUCAAGGUUGUCGUGGGAUCAGAUUUAAAACAACCGCACGCUGUGCACUUUAUCGAAUCGGUUUAUAUACAUAAGAAAUACGACUUACUUAGGAAUGACAUCGCUUUAAUUAAGCUUAAAACUCCAUUAAAAUUUUCUACUUUGGUAUCUCCUGUCGUAUUACCCAAGCAAAAUGAAACUGUGAUAGCUAAUUCAAGAGCAAUCGUGUCGGGAUAUGGGGCAGAAUCGUAUAACGGAAUCGAGACCGAUAAAUUAAAGGUCGCUAGUAUUAGAAUAGCUGAUCAGGCCUACUGCAAAUCUAUGUACUGGAGGUUUAAGCAGCCUAUUUUCGACACGAAUAUUUGCGCAUACGAGCCAACUGUGGAAAAGGGUUCAUGCCAGGGUGAUUCCGGCGGUCCUCUCACCGUCGAUGGAAAACUCGUCGGAAUCGUCUCGUGGGGAUAUGGUUGCUCUGACAGGGUAUAUCCUGCCAUUUACACACGUGUUUCAUCAUACGUCAAUUGGAUCAAAAAGCACGCCGUGUAAGUAAAAAUAAUUAAUGCGCGGAAUGCGAAAAUCAAUUUUAAUA